AUGGGCUUUUCAUUUUAUCUGCUCCUCCUAUUUGUUGACUUGGCUUUAUGUUCCUCAUGGCUUCAAGGACAAACGCUUCCCCAUAUGACUUCAGAUGUCAAUGAAGUCUCAGGCAAGUCCUUCGAUUACAUUGUCGUUGGAGGAGGCACCGCUGGCUGUCCCCUAGCUGCAACCCUCUCUGAGAAAUUCUCAGUGCUCUUGGUGGAACGAGGUAGCUCACCAUAUGGAAAUCCGUUGGUGUUGGAAACAAAGAACUAUGGGCUCUCAUUGCUUCAAACUGAUGAAUAUACAUCAGUUGCACAGAGCUUUAUCUCCAAUGACGGUGUUCCCAAUCUCAGAGGAAGAGUUCUAGGAGGAUCAUCUGCUAUAAAUGGUGGGUUUUAUAGUAGAGCAAGUGAGGAUUUUGUCCAAAAAGUUGGGUGGGAUAAGGAGGCGGUAAUGGGUGCUUAUCAAUGGGUGGAAUCGAGAAUUGUCUUUAAACCUGAAUUGACCCCAUGGCAGUAUGUUGCUGAGUUUAGCUUUCUUGAAGCAGGAAUUUUCCCAUAUAAUGGUUUUAGUUUGGAGCAUAUUGAGGGAACAAAGGUUGGUGGGAGUGUAUUUGAUGAAUGGGGACGAAGACACACCUCAGCUGAUCUUCUAGAGGCAGGGAAUCCAAACAACAUCACAGUUCUUUUAAAUGCAACUGUGAAGAAUGUCAUCUUUCGUGAAAAAGGUAACAGAAAUGAGACAAUAGCUAGAGGCAUAAGAUUCAUCAAGAGCGACGGCAAUUCGAGCCAAACUUACAAUGCUUACCUCAACCAGCCAGAGAACUCAUGUUCAUGGGGUGAUGUGAUACUAGCAGCAGGGGCCUUAGGCAGCCCUCAGAUUUUAUUGUUAAGUGGCAUUGGCCCUCAGAAACAUCUAAAGAAGUUCAAUAUCCAACUAGCAGCCGACUUAAAAGGGGUUGGAAAAGGAAUGAAAGACAAUCCUGGCAUUGCACUCUUAGCUGACUCUAAGCCUAAAAAUUUCACACCAGAACCUCCAAAAGUUGUCGGCAUAGCAGAUCACUUCAAAAUCAUAAUUGAGGCAGGAAUUUUACCUAUUAGCCUCAAUGCAACAGUAAUGCCAAUUGCUGCCAAACUUGCGUUUCCAGAAUCAGAAGGAAAGCUAGAACUGAACAGCACAGACCCCAGAGAAAACCCAUCAGUGACUUUUAACUAUCUAGCAAAGGAAAAGGAUUGGGCAAGAUGUGUAAAGCUAGGGCAGUUGCUUGAGCGAGUUGUAAGGUCUGAAUCAAUUGCUUUCUUCCUGGGGUUGGAACGCAAAAAUGAGUUGAUGUCCACUGAAGACGAGCUAAGAAAAUUGUGCAAGAAGAAUGUGAGGACCUUCUACCACUAUCAUGGUGGUUGCUCUGUGGGGUCAGUUGUUGACAAAGAUUACAGGGUAUAUGGUGUGAAAGGAUUAAGAGUAGUUGAUGGAUCAACCUUCCUGGAAUCACCAGGCACAAAUCCAAUGGCCACCCUGUUGAUGCUUGGAAGGUACCAAGGGAUCAAGAUUCUUGAAGAUAGAAAUUAA